GCAGCAGAAACCACGGCUCUCUCUCGCUCACCCUGUCACCGGGACUCCCUCUCUCUCUCUGAGUGUGUGUCUCUCACUCAGUCGCUCACCCUGGAUUCCCGCAGCUCUUCGCCAUGUCUGCCCGGUUUUAGAUUCUCCAUGGAGCUGUCGAACUUGUAUGAGGUCGCGCCCCGACCCCCGCUGGGCAGCCUGCCCCACAGCCAACAGCCGUCCUCCGGUUACAGAGAUCCGGCUGACCCUGGCGGGGACAUCGGAGACAACGAGACGUCCAUUGACCUGAGCGCCUACAUCGAUCCCGCUUCCUUCAAUGACGACUUUUUGGCGGACCUGUUCCACCACAGCUCCCGCCAGGACAAGCUGAAACUCAUGAGCGGGGACUUUGACCCGGUUCCGUGCAGCGGCCCAGGUUCACAGCAGCAGCAUCAGCAGCAUCAGCAGCAUCAGCAGCAUCAGCAGCACCAGCAGCAACAGCAUCAGGUCUACAUGUCUGGCUACUUAGAGUCCAAGCUGGUGCCGCUAUACGAGCACAGUCCGCCGCGUCUCCGCCCUGUGGCCAUCAAGCAGGAGCCGCGGGACGACGAGGAACUGAGCGCGGGCGUGCCGCCCUCCUACCCGCACCACCCGCAGCACUUCUCCCCGCAGUCGCAGCUGCCCCACCUCCAGUACCAGAUUGCGCACUGCGCGCAGACCACCAUGCACCUCCACCCAGGACACCCGACUCCUCCGCCAACCCCGGUGCCAAGCCCGCACCAGCACCAGCACCCGCACCAGAGCGGCCUGAAGCUGUUGGAGCAACGGGGUGGCGGGAAAUCAAGGAAACACGUUGACAAGAGUAGCCCGGAGUACCGACUGAGGCGCGAGCGCAACAACGUGGCCGUGCGCAAGAGCAGAGACAAGGCGAAAAUGCGCAACAUGGAGACGCAGCAGAAAGUGGUGGAGCUAAGCUCAGACAACGAGAGACUGAGGCGGAGGGUGGAGCACCUGAGCCGUGAACUGGACACGCUGCGUGGAAUCUUCAGACAGAUGCCCGACGGAUCCUUUAAACCCAGCUGAGGGACUUGGAUCCGAACUGGACCCGGGCUGGUGACUGGUUAACUCCUGGAAUACUGGUCCUGUGUGGACAGACUGAGACAGCUGAGGCGUUUUUCUCCUGAAACACGUGACCUGGUCUGAGAUCUGAUCUCUGCUGGAAACAGGUGAAGAACCUGCGCAGGUACAAACUCUGAGACUCUGAAAAACCUUCAUGGUGCUGGUUUCCUGCACACACACACACACACACACACAGAGCAGCUAAAGAAUUACAUGUGUGUUUCUUUCAUAUCUAUUGUGUAUCCAUGUUACAUGAUCACAUGACUCUGGUACUGAGGAUUCUAGCAUGUGAAGUUAAACUUUAAAAAAUAUUGUAAAACUGUGUUUUUUACCUUCAGUGAAAACUGUGAAACCUCAAAUCUCUACUGCAAACACACUCUCACACACUCUCUCUCUCUCUCACACACACACACACACACACACACACACGCUCUCGCACACACACACACACACACUGAAAGUGAAUCUAUGGUACCUGCUUUGUCCCGUCACUAUCCAGUGGAAACAUCGCAGCUCCAACAUGUCUCAAGCUUGUGUGUAACUUUCACCAUGAUUCACAAAAACAUGUUUUUAAAUGUUUUUGAAAAAAAGUUAUUUGAAAGUUUGUUUUUAAACAAGAAAUGUUUCAAAAUGUUUUAAAUUAACGUGUGAUUUUGAAAUAACAGUGACAGGACAAACAGCUCUGUCUUCUGCACUAUUACACACACACAAACACACACUCAGUGCCUUCUGAUACUCUGAGAUGACCUUUGACCUCUGAACAGAGGAAAAUAUACUUGUCUCAGUUAUAAAAUAAUUGACAUUCGAAAGUAAAUUUAUAUAAAAUUUGAAUAUUGUUAUAAUAAAGAGUUUAUCACAUUUGUUUCUUUCCUGUUUGAAACACUGACACUCGUCAGCCUGUAGGGGGGCACACAGGACUAUAAAGACAUGAAGAAUCAACAACACAUUGCACAUGCCCAGGUUCAAGUUUGGGUAUAGAUCUAGGGCCAGGCCCAAGUCCAGGUCCAGGUCUAGGUAGCAAACCAUAAAAUGAACUAAGAUCAACAAUCAAUAAAGUGAUUGAUCUGUUAA